AUGGCAAAGUACACUAACGAACAAAUAAAACGAAUUUCAUCUCAAUUCAUAAGAGAAAGACACUGUACUGAAACAAAUGAGAUAGAACUUGAAACACUCUUAGGUCUCUUACUCUUUGCUGGCGUUAGAAAAAAUUGUCGACUGAAUGCUAAAGAUUUAUUCAAGACUGAUGGCUCGUCACCAGAGAUAUUUCGAUUGACCAUGGCCUGGAACCGUUUUUAUUUACUGUUACGGUGUCUUAGGUUUGACGACAAAGACACACGUGUUGUACGUGCUUCUGUUGAUAAACUAGCACCCAUCAGAGAGCUUUUUGAAAAAAUUAUAGAUGAAUUUAAAAAAUAUUACAGUUUGUCUCAGUUCGUCACAAUUGACGAAAAACCAGAAGCAUUUAGAGGUCGUUGUAACUUUAGGCAAUAUAUUCCAUCGAAGCCCAAUAAAUACGGUAUAAAAAUCUACGCUCUGACUGAUGCCAAAAUGUUUUAUACCCAAAAUAUGGAAGUUUACGUUGGACAACAGCCUGCAGGCGUAUAUAGACUUGAUAACUCGUCAUUGGCUUUGGUUUUGCGACUCAGUGAAGGUAUCUAUAAUACUGGCCGUUACAUCACAUGUGAUAAUUUCUUUACCAGUAUUCCCUUGAUAGAUAAACUUGAGUCAAAGAAGUUGACCGUGAUCGGCACACUUCGCAAGAAUAAAAGGGAACUGCCCAAACAGUUUACGGAGAUAAGAGGCCGAGAAGAAAAAUCCAGCUUAUUUGGGCACCGAGGCAAUUGUACACUUGUAUCUCAUGUGCCCAAAAAGGGCAAGAAUGUUUUACUUGUGUCUAGCAUGCAUGAUGAUGUUAAAAUCGAAAUCGAAACCGGUAAACCUGAAUUGAUAAUGGACUAUAAUGCGACAAAAGGUAGAGUUGAUACUGUCGACAAAAUGUGCGAAACCUAUAACGUUGCACGAGACAUAAACAGGUGGCCCAUGGUAAUUUUCUACAGUUUGAUGAAUGAAACGGGUAUAAAUUCGUAUGUUUUAUACCUGCAAAACAAUCCCAAUAAGAAAGUCAACCGUAGAACUUUUCUGGAAGCUUUAUCCUAUGACCUCAUAAAUUCGCAUCUCAGGAGACGGGCGGCCAACACGUUAUUGCCAAAAACUCUAAAGUUACGCCUCAAUGAAAUAUGUAAAUUAGAUGGUCCUGAGUCUGCAGCAACAUCUAAUAACAAUAAAAUCGGCCGUUGUGCAUUUUGCACGUCAAAAAAGAACCGUAAGACGCGUUAUAACUGCGUAAAAUGUAAAGUUUAUUUUUGUAUGGAACACGCGCUUAUGGUAUGCUCUGACUGCUAUAGUGAGACUUCUGCCUGA